AUGGCGGUCCACCAGCCUGGCUGCAUGGCGGUGGUGGUGGGGCUGGUUUUGCUGGCGGGGGCUGCCAUGGGCGCGGAUGGGACGCGCUUUCCCCACUACCUGCGACGCGUGAACGAGCUGCACCUGCGGGCUCCACAGCAGCUUCACAGUUCUCCUGUGCACAAUUUCAAGGCCGAUCGCGGCCGUAGCCCUUGCUGCUUCAUCGACCUGGAAGGCGGCGAAUAUCGAAUUUCCCGGCCCAUUCAAGUACCCAUUUACACAGCCAAUAUGCAGCUCGGUCCCACCUUUCCGACCGACCAGUUCAUGCUGAUUGUGGGCAUACCCGAUAGCUGCAACGUACCACAAGGCUCAUGCAACUUGGAUCUUAAUUUCCCUGCUCUUUUCAUGGAUGGUAGCCAUCGUGCUUCAGGCUGCAUGCAGAUCAACCACGUCAUGGGCGUGACGAUCGGCCCGGGUGCCUACUUUCUCAACUUUUCAAACUACGGUGUUCACAUUUAUCAAGGCCACGAGGUUAUGAUGGAUCGUUGCUGGUUGGGUGAGACAAACUUUGAUUUUGAUUUCGUUCGUUUUGGAAGUGUGCCAAACGCCACUGCCAUUCAGAUUGACGGCAAUGACCACUACGUUCUCAACACCAUCGUUUUCUCCAGUCGUAUUGGCGUGGCCGUCAAUGGGGCUGCCGAUUACGUCUCAGGUGUACACGUGUGGUUUCCAAUGAACGCGGACUACGGUUUCGCUACCGUGGUGACCCGGCCUGCCAACGGCUGCAAAGUGCUGGCAGAAACCGACAAGGCCAUUUCGGGAAUUGUCACGAUCGAAGUCGACACCUCGGCGCUAGACCCCGGGUUCAUGUAG